UAAUUGAGCCAUUUGAUCAUCACAAACUUACGUAUGCUCUCUCAUGGCUAUCUACAAAACAGUCUCUUGUGCUGCCUUCUUCGUGCUGCUAGCAGUGGGCUUAUGCUCCGCCACUAGGGCACUCCUCACUUUUCCGGUUAUGGAGUAUGAAGUCGCGCAUUAUGGCGGUUAUGGUGGUGGAGGUGGAUCUGGUGGUGGUGGCGGGAGUGGAGAGGGCGGUGGAGCCGGAGGCCAUGGUGGUGGCGGAGGCAGUGGCAAUGGUGGCAGAGGCGCUUAUGGUGCUGGUGGUGAGCAUGGGUACGGCACUGGUGGUGGUGAAGGGGCUGGAGGUGGAUACAGUGUGGGAGGCGUGUAUGGAGGAGGAUAUGCCGGUGGUGCUGGCGGUGGCAGCGGAGGUGGAGGUGGUGGAGCCUAUGGUGCUGGAGGUGCCGGUUAUGGAGGUGGCCACGGGGGUGGCGCUGGUGGUGGCUAUGCUGGAGGAGCUGGUGGUGGGAGUGGUGGAGGAGGUGGAGGUGGAUACGGUGCAGGAGGCAUACACGGAGGUGGAUAUAGCAGUGAAGGAGGAGCUGGUGGUACAGGUGGGUAUGCUGGAGGUGGUGGCGGCGGAUCUGGUGGUGGUGCUGGCGGAGCAUAUGGGGGUGUCGGCGGGGCUGGGUAUGGUGGUGAUGCUAGUGGCGGGCACGGGGGUGGCCAUGGUGGCUAUAUUCCUUGAAUGGCGUAAUGCCUUUUCAUCACAAUGGUGUUCUAUGAACCCUAAAAUGGUGCUCUCUCUCUCUCUUAUUUCCUUUGUGAAAUAAUAAGACUUAUAUGAGCAACUAAGAAAAGGUUGGCAAGCCUUACUUAUAAGAAUCGUUAAUCGAGAAAACCUUAAGUAACUAAAGUAUUUUCACAAAGACAAUCUUGGAAUUCUGAGAUGAAACUGUCUGUUCGAUUAUCUCAUAAUGAUAUUAACUUUAGUUUGUAACUGCA